AUGGUGCCCUGGGCGAUCGCCCAUGUUGGCAUGCCUAAAUCCGCCACUGCACAUUGGAAAACCAACAUGUGUGUCCGAGAAUGCCGGGCGAUGUGCACUCAUCCCACAGCUGAGCUUCCAAUAUUUCAGGAGGAAACCCUCACCUAUAGUCAAAAUUUGGGUGCUGGCCAAAGUCUGUUCACUGCUGCUGAACGCGCACAACUCUGUCUCUCUCCGUCUGUGUGUGUGGGUGUCUCUCUCUCUCUCUCUCUGCGUGUGCGCGCGCUGCUGCUGUAGGUGCUCCGGGAACCGGUGGAGAUCGCUCAGCUGUACCGGGAUCAGUGCCGUUUCCCCGGCUUGUGUCGUGCUGAUGUGGGUCCGGUGCUCACCUCACGACAUGGCGGACAUUACAGCAACAUCUACACAGAGUGGACUCAGCGGGAUCUGGAGAGGAACGAGAGUGUGAAGUUUUGUCGGCAGUACAUUGUGUUUCACGAUGACAAAUCGGUGGUUUAUUCCAGGCCCUCGGGAAACUGCACUGAGAUCAAGGGAGAGCUGCUCAGUGUGGAUUCUCUAUCUGGUGAAAUGAAGGCUGUGCUGAGAGAAAACACCAUUGAAGGAGGAGAAAAGCAGUUCCUGGAGAUCUGGCACAAGAACAGAAAACUGAAGUGCCUUAAUCUGACCACCCUCAACAAACACGGCAAAGUCUAUGAAGACGAUCAGUUUGGCUGUUUGGUCUGGUCUCAUUCGGAGACGCACCUCCUCUACAUCGCAGAGAAGAAACGGCCAAAGACUGAAUCCUACUUCCAGCAGCGGUCGGAGACCAGCGAGACCCCCGAUGAAGAGGAGCCCAUCAAGACUGACAAGAAGGAGGAAAUCAUCCCGGGUCAUCAGUUUGAGUAUUAUGAGGACUGGGGUGAAGCUCUGGUCAGUAAGAGCAGUCCAGUGCUGUGUGUUCUGGACAUUAAGGGCAGCAACAUCACUGUGCUGGAGGGAAUCCCGGCCGCCAUCUCUCCAGGACAGGCGUUCUGGGCUCCUGCUGACACCGGUCUGCUGUUUGUGGGCUGGUGGCACGAGCCCUUCAGACUGGGACUCAAAUCCUGCGGCAACAGAAGGUCGUCUCUGUUUUAUGUGGAUCUGGCCAGCGGGAAAUGCGAUCAGCUCUCCAGUGACUCCAGCUCUGUAUGUUCUCCUCGUCUGAGUCCUGAUCACUGCAGGAUUGUAUAUCUGGAGUCGGGCGUCUCCUGUGCACAUCUGCAGUGCAGCCGACUCUGCGUGUUCGACUGGUACACCAAACAGACCAGCGUUGUGGUUGAUGUGGUGCAGAGAGCCAGAGAUGAUGGUUUCACUGGGAUCUACAGCUCUCUGUUGUCUCCUCGCUGCUGGUCUGCUGAUAGUGAGCGUGUGCUGUUCUGCAGCGCUCAGAGGAGCCGGAAGGAACUGUUUGUUGUUGACACCUCAAGCCAUGAAAUCACGCGUCUCACGUCUCAAUCUCAGGAGGGAAGCUGGAAUCUGUUGAACAUCCACAGAGAUCUGAUAGCCAUCAGCUGCUCUUCACCAAACUCUCCUCCAGACCUGCGGGUUGGCUUUCUGCCAGCGAAAGGCUCUGAAAGCAAGAUUUCCUGGGUCACAUUAGAGGAAACUCAAUCUCAGAGUGACAUCAGCUGGCAGACGCUCAACUUCAGCCCACCGCCCGAGCAGGACAACACACAAUACCCGGGUUUGGACUUUGAUGGUGUUCUGCUGAAGCCAAAGGACACACCAGCUGACGGCAAACUACCUCUCAUCGUCAUGCCACACGGCGGGCCUCACUCGGUGCUGGUGUCGGAGUGGAUCUUGUCGACUGCAGUUCUGUGUAAGAUGGGCUUCAGUGUUCUGCUGGUGAACUACAGAGGCUCGCUUGGCUUCGGUCAGGAUAAUAUCUUCUCCUUACCAGGAAACAUCGGCACUCAGGAUGUAAAAGACGUGCAGUUUGCGGUGGACAGUGUUUUGAAGCGAGGCGGCUUUGAUGAGCAGAAAGUCGCUGUGAUUGGAGGAUCUUACGGUGGAUUUCUGGCUUGUCAUCUGAUUGGACAAUAUCCCGGGUUUUACAAGGCGUGUGUGGCACGAAAUCCAGUCACCAAUCUGGCAUCCAUGUUGGGGGGCACAGACAUCCCAGACUGGUGUACGAUGGAAGCUGGAUAUGACUAUAAACCAGAUGUUUAUCUUGAACCUGCAGUUCUGGAGCAGAUGCUGAUCAAGUCACCCAUAAAACACGUUGCCAAGGUGAAGACUCCGGUGCUUCUGCUGCUGGGUGAAGAUGACAAGCGAGUCCCUAAUAAACAGGGCAUUGAAUAUUACAGAGCUCUGAAGAGCCUGCAGGUCCCCGUAAGAGUGUUGUGGUACCCAGGCAAUAAUCACUCUCUGUCCAAAGUGGACGCAGAAUCAGACGGGUUCAUGAACGGCGCUCUGUGGAUGAUCCAGCACCUUUCUCUGUGACAUCACUUCCUCUAACCAGCGCUUAACCAAGUGAUUUUUAGCUUCUCUUUUUUAUUGAUUAAUAACUGCAUCUGUGCUUCAGAAUCUGUGUUGAACAGAAACACUGGAGGAUUUUCAGAGCUUCAUGUGUUGUAAAUGAUGAAAUGC